AAGACUCAAUUGUCUGUGUAAUAUCCGCUGCAUCCCUACGCCUGCAGAACAUACUCGGUGCCCUCCCGCGGUCGCGGCUCGCUUGGUGCGGAGAAGGCGUCACCUCCGCAUCUGCACAUCUUUCAAGGUUCUUACAAAGCCAUGCGACCAUCUUCUCUCCACCAGCUACGCCGUGCUGCACUCCAACCGCGUGCGCGCCACUUUGCGAGUAGCUCCUGCCUUUAUCGUGCUUUCCAAGAAGGCGAUGUCGUGCUCCUGCGCGAGAGCAAAGAGACGCAGGAUGGGCGCCUCGUGAAACUGCAGGUGUCUAAGACCAUCGGCACACACAGAGGUGUUAUCAAGCAUGGAGAUGUCAUUGGAAAAGAGCCCCGGCAAAUAGUCAAUUCCCACAAGGGCGUCACCUUUCGCAUCCACGAGCCUACAUUGGCCGAGUACGUCAGACUGACACCGCGCCUUGUGACUCCAAUCUACCCUUCAGACACGAACCUCAUAGUGUCCCUGCUCGACAUCCACGUCGACACUCCGUCCGCUACCCCCAACACCGACCCGCCUCUCGAGAUCCUCGAAGCUGGCACAGGCCAUGGAGCGCUGACGCUGCAUCUCUCUCGCGCUGUGCAUGCCGGUAACCCUCCGGUUCCAAGAACGCCGUCAUAUGUCACUACCGAAGAAGAACCUGAAGACGCAGUAUACCUCGGAGAGUCCAUAUCAGACCUGCAGGAAUCAGCACUGUCGUCGUGGAAGCAGAACCGUCGCGCUAUCAUACAUACACUGGAUAUAUCUAGCAAACACUCAGUCCAUGCAAAAAAGAUCGUGGAGGGCUUCCGACAUGGCAUGUACGCGGGCAACGUCGACUUUCACGUAGGAGACGUGUCUGAGUGGAUCGCCAAACAGAAAGUGUCAAGAAAGACUGAGGAGCCCUUCCUGACCCAUGUAUUCCUUGAUCUCCCCAACGCGACAAGUCAUCUCGCCAAUGUCGCCCCUGCGCUGCACGUCAACGGCCUGCUCGCCGUCUUCAACCCAAGCAUCACACAGAUCGCCGAAUGUGUCGAAGCUAUUCGGGAGCAAAAAAUGCCCUAUCUUCUUGAUCAGGUUAUUGAGUUAGGAGCAGGCACGAUUCGCGAAUGGGAUGUUCGCGCCGUUAGACCAAGAGCACCUAUGCAGAAGGCUCAGCCAGAACAACCUUCCGAAUCCUCGAGCGAUGAAAGCGUAGACUCAGAAGUAGGCCAAGAGGGACGGGGUAACGAGCUAAAAGAAGACUUGACCAAACAGGAGGAGAAAUGGGUUAUGGUAUGCCGACCAAAAGCUGGCCAAAUGGUCGUCGGAGGUGGCUUCCUGGGUCUAUGGAGGCGUAUGGAGAAGCCAGAUAAGAAGGAACCAGCGGAGAAGCCUGACAAUGAACAACUGACUGAGUAGCUGGGACUAAGAGGCCCAGAACCAACCCCGUCUCACCGUUUCAUGAGGCGGUCUAAUGUUUGGUUUCUGUACAUCCACUCACACUGCGCCCGCCUACCUACCUAUACUCUGACGUCAACACUGAACUUCCACCACCUUCCAACCGCAGUGAAAAUGAAAGCAAAAGUGAAAACCAGCCCAACGCAAACGCACAAACGCAC